GCAGUGCAUUAGUCAUGAAAAGCGCGUGGUAGCGCGUGGGUGCUCGCGCAAAGAUUUCACGCGAAGAUCGCGCGAGCAUGGGUGGGGUUCAGAGAACGAAUCGCUGCCUCGCUUCUUUCCUCGCGUCUCGUAAGUCCGAUACCAGCAAGAGCAGCAGUCGUCUAGACCGUCGUGCCUUUUACGCACGACGGCCUCGCGUACACUACGUUCGACAAACAAUGGUCGUUUUGCCUCGUGCCACUCGUGCCGAGCGUCGAAUAUAUACCUCCGUGACGGACCUGUGCAAGAAGGAUGGCUGUUUCGAGGUCACUCGGGCCUCCUUCUCGCUGAGAGAGCUGGCGAAUCAGUGAAACUGGAGCAGCGAGAGGAGACGUCGCGCGGCGGACCUGGACGAGUUAUUACGCGCGACAAUCGAGCUGUCAAGACUGUCCGCGAGAAAGGCGAGAGAGAGAGAGAGAGAGAGAGAGAGAGAGAGAGAGAGAGGGACGAGAACGCGAGGAGCUGCUGUGCGAUUGCGUCGCUAUCGUGUUUAUCUGCAAGCUGGGCGAUGUAUACUGACCUCACUUUUAUUGUCCUGGCUGCACUCGCAGCUGCAACGUCGCCGAAUUUUCAAUGAUUGUAUAUCUGAUAUCUGUGGUGACUCAUUAUUCACGACUGGACCGGAUAGAGGAAAGAAAUCGCAUUUCGACAUCGGAGGUUAGUGCAGAGGUAUUAUAACUUUGAAGGGACUUGUUAGUAUUCGUAAUGGAGAAAAAGAGGCUGCGCAAGAAAGAUAUAUUGAGAAUGGAUGGUCUUCUGCCUCCAACUCGGCGCUUGCCAGUUUCUGACGCAGUAUCCAGUGCAUCGGAUAAAAAAAAGGACAAGAAAUGGUCGAUAGGUGGUAUCCUGCGUCGAAUAUCCUCAAUUAAAGAUUAUGAUAGUUCCUCUAAUGAAGAAGAGAUUGUAUAUUGCAACAGGACACCGAGAAAGCCCAUCAAGCUCAGCAAGCAACCUGAUGGUGUUGUUCUUCAUUCGAUAGAGAAUAAUUCAAAGCAGGAGAUGACAGUUGAAAAUAACGUUCGCCAUUCGAUAGAUUCACAUCGAGAUUCGCUACAUUCGCGUAGUAGCGACGGUUCGUUGGACGGUUUAGGAAAGAAGAUUCGAAAGAACAAACUGAAAGCUCGAGCCGAAGCCAAGAGGGAUUAUCUAUGCGUCGAAAGCAGUUCCGGCGAGGAUUGUCGGAGAUCCAAUAAUUCAUUGAACAAAAUUUACGGCACGGACGGUGUGCAAAAUGGCCAAAGGAAUAAUAUGUGCAAUAGGAAAACGCGUGCUGCUCGAACGGAGCGUUACAUCAAGCGCUUAUCUCGGGACGAGGGCAACGGCACUGAUAGUUUGAACGAUCUAUAUAACAAAAGGUGUUCCUCGGAACAUGUCGAAGAUAAGCAGCGCGCUGUUUAUACUGACGCAAACGGAUUGUGUCGCCCGCCCAUACAUCCGCGCCGAUUCGGCGCGUAUUCGAAUUCGAAUCGGACGUUUUCAGUUCAGAGAUCCUCCGCGGAGAGUCUGCGGGACGCGCACAGCGCAGGUUUGCCGAACCCAAACGAAGUUUUCAGCGAUUACAGGAGAUAUUCUACUGGACAAUACGUCACAGAUUUGAAUCAGAAUAACGCUUAUGGAAAGAUUUCGCGGCAUAGUGGGAACGCGGACAAUCGUCAAGCUGGGAAUUUUUUUACGUAUCCCGCGAAGAACGCGUGCCAUUAUUCGGAACCGUUCGAUUACGUUAUCGAUCAUCGAUCGGUUGAUCCGGACAGUCAACCGCCCGUGCCACCGCCGAGAGAUCCCCGAUACCGCGUAUUUGGUUAUGGAUACAGUUCCUAUCCGACAAACAGACAUCAAAGUGUGCCAAACUCCUUUAAACAAGAAGACAAUAAGACUAAUGUCGUGAGAGAGAUAUCGAGACCUGAUUGGAGAAAUUUUGGAUCGUAUGGAUCAAACAACGAACUCGCCUGGCGCGAUAAAGCGGAGCAUGAGAUGGAAAACCCAUCAAAUCCUAAAACAGAGUUCCGUAAUUCUCUGGAGUGUAUAAACAACAAAUAUAACUGCAGCCGUCAUCGGACGGAUGAGUCGAUUUACGAGGAAAGCGAGGCGAUGAGAUGUCGACGCAGAAACACUCGCAACGAUCAACUUAAUUGCAAUGACGCGAAUUACGGCGCGUAUAAGGCCAAGAAUAAAUCAGUGAACAUCUGCGAAUCAAAUAAACGCGAGACGAUUUCAUCGCACGCGUCUGCCGCAUCGUCCGAUUGGUCGUCCGGAAAAUCUCCUUGCGAACAGCGUAUUUCACGUUCCAUUACACCGUAUAACAUCGAUAAUCGUACUGAAAACAGCCAAAGAAAAGACAAUAGAGUAACGACACCGACCGAGGAAGACCUAGAGAACAGAAGAAGAAGUUCAAAGAACCUCGAGGAAGCUUUAUCCGAACUGGAAGCGAUAUACAACAGCCUUCGUCUCGGCGAUGAAGAUCUGCUGGAUCGUGCGGAACGCCGAAGCAUGGAAGAGUUCAGUCUCAAGCAAGCUAAAAACGAGCUCGACGCGGUGAUUGUGAUUACUCCGGACUCGCCGGACAGGACAAAGGAUGACAUGGCCUAUCGAAGGAUGCAUCCCAAGGAGAGGCCCACGUCGCUGUCGGAUAUCGCAGGACAAUCUACUCUAUCCAACAUCAGCUACCUCAUCACUUCGCCCGUCCUUUCGCGACGAGAUUCAGCGAACGAUUUCACGCGUUUACCGUCGACCUAUCCGUCCCGUCGGGAUGAACCGGAUGUGACACGUGACGACGUGGUCUUCCGCAGCAUAAAUCACGCCAACAACACUUUAAGAGUAAUCGAUCCGCAGCCGCCGUUCGGUAUACCACUCGGACCGGUUACCACGGCGACCGAGAGCGAUUACUUGCACACGACACCGACGAAACCGGAACAGCCGCGCUCGCCGUACAUACCGCAAUGCGAGCCCGAUGUAGUCACGGAUGACUUGGCUUACAGAGCCCUCAGGAAGGACGCUGGCGCGACGCGGAACGUCGUCCUUGCGGAGAGCAGAAUUGACGUCUCGAAGGAACAGCCGCGAGUCGGCAUCAAGAAGAAACGCGCUGUCAGAUCCUUGUCGGCCAAUCUUUACGGAUUGAUCAACCAUGAUCGAAUUCAUUUGCGACGCGAGCCCAGCCUCGACACCAUUAAGGACGAAAUACAGAACGUUGCAGCGAACAACUUGGCCUCAAUGUUUGAGCGACCGGAAUAUCUCAGACGCGUUGUAAGCGACGGCGAGCUGUCCGAUAACGACGCAGCGCGUAGGCGAAUGGAACCAGCGGCGAUUACAGGCGAGACCGACAUCAACGGCAAUCAUCCAGCGAUGAACGCGUACCGGAAGAAGCUAUGCGUUUCACCAGAAACGGCGAUGCAGGCAAAUCUCAAAAAGGAGAAGGAGCCAAAUAUCGCGGAGCUGUCCGAUGCCAUGCUGUCUUCGACAACCGUCUUGGAUGAUAAAUUUUGGCACGAGUACUUAGGCUCGGGUUCCAACGUCUCGAUGCCCGAGAGCGGUCGCGGCACGGAAACGGUCUUCACCGCAUACAGUCGUCUCUGCCAAGAUCUGGUUAACUUGAUAAAAAACGAUGAUGGUGACACGGCGCCGCCAAUCGAGUCAUCGAACGAUUCUGCCGUCAUGCCAACAGAUAAAUCGAAUGACUUCGACGUCGAGCUCGGGGUCGACGAACCCUCAAUGAGCAUCUCUAUACGUUCUGUAAGUAGCCAUUACCCAGGACGUACCGCGCGUGCCAACGACGAGCAGAACAUCGAGAACCCGACCGCAUUCCCAGUUACGAAUUCCGCGAGGCCUGUAUCGGAAACGACGCCAGCAGCCAACAACCUUGAUUUCUAUCUUUGCGCGGCGGACGAAAAUGUUAAGUUAAUUGCGGCGGAGGCUUUCGGCAGUUCGGUCGACCGCCUACGCGAUAAUCGUCCGUCCGUCCGCAAGAAUUCCUGGACGUCACGCAGCUCCGAGGUCGAGAACCAAAGCGGCAGCGCGCGCAGCUCUACUCUAUACAGUCAAGACGACCAAACGAGCGACGAUCGGCUCGUCGUGUCCUCGAGACUCGAGGAGAUAACUCGCGUACCUUCGAAACGCAAUUCAUCGACGAGCGACGACGGAGACCAAAGCGGCGUCAGCCGCUUCGAGAGCCUUUCCACUGCCGAUGCGGAAUUAUCCAGGGCCGUCCGCGAUCUGGAACUAGCUGCGGCCAGUCUGUGCGAGCACGGACGGGAAAUCGAGGACCUUGGGAAAACGGGACGCGGGGAGAAGACCGAUGCCCGCAUGACGCCCAUCACUGUCGUGUCCACCACGGACGUGGACAAUCCGAUUCGUAAGAUUAAUCUGAUCGCCGAUGCCCUGAGGCAGGAGCAGGAACGCGAUCAGGAGGAGAUCACCGUGGUACCGCCUAGCGGAAUCGAGACGAUGCGUAGCGAUGCGCGAGACGAAGGUGAGCGCACAUCGUGCGAGCUUGAUGAUCGUGCGGAAUCGAGCAAAGACGCGCGGUCCGCGAAUGUUUCCCGUGUCACUAACAUCAUAACUGUCACGGUAACGACGUAUCCCAUGCUCCUGCUCGCUUGUCUCCUUGCAUUGCUUUUAGCGAUUGUAGCAGCAUUGUGAAAGCAUACGGGAUCGCGUAUCUAUAAGUCAUGUGUGUGUGAUCUGCGAUGUGCUGGACGUCAUCAACGAUAACGUCUAUUAAUCCUGUGUUUAUUUGCAAAUGUCCUUACUAAUGUCGCAGGUCUCCAGGCGCUCGCUCGCCCGCAAUGAUCCUCGAUCGCAUUGAAACGUGCUCGCUCGAACUGACGAUCGACAAUGGUAGUAUGACACGAGAGACGGGGCACGUCGAUUUUUUUUUUGUAUGAUAAUAAGAAAAGAGAGAAAAGAAAAGAGAAAGAGCGAGAGAUGCAGUUUCUCUGCGGGCUGUUUAAGGCACAUCGAUUUGUUGUUAUUGCUCUUGUUAUUGUUGUUGGUUUUAAUAAAGUUUAAACGUUAAUCACA